UCAUUCACGAACACACCCCAGAAAAACGGGUCAGGUCCAAAUCCACCAGUGUCCAGUUCUUCACUUUGCUCAUCCAAAAUGGACCCAGCAACUUCUAACGACGAGAUUGCCUUCGAGUUCCUUCCCCUCUUCCGCCUCUACAAAGACGGGCGCGUUGACCGCCUCAAGGGCACCGAGACCCUCCCGCCCUCCACCGACCCGACCACCGGAGUCCAAUCCAAAGACAUCGUCCUCUCACCCGAAUCCGGACUCUCCGCCCGCAUCUUCCUCCCCAAACUCCACAACCCGACCCAGAAACUCCCCUUCCUUCUUUACAUCCACGGCGGCGCUUUCGUACUCGAGUCCCCAUCCUCCCCUAUCUACCACAGCUACCUCAACACCCUCACCGCCGAAGCGAACGUCGUUGCUUUGUCCAUCCGCUACCGCCGCGCCCCGGAGCACCCUCUUCCCGCCGCUUUUGAAGACUCCUGGGCCGCCUUCCAAUGGGCUGCCGCGCAUUCAACUGGCGGCGGGCCUGAGGCGUGGCUUAACGAACACGCAGACUUUAACCGCGUGUUUGUGGCCGGCGACAGCGCCGGGGCCACUCUGGCGCACCACGUGGUGCGCCAGAGCGCAGUGGAGGGAGUUAGCGGGGUUAAUAUUAUGGGGGCUGUUUUGUUUCAUCCGUAUUUCCGGGACGAGGGGCCGGAUAAGCUGUUGGAGGUGAUAUACCCGACCGGCGGUGGGUUGGAGGAUCCGAAAGUGUACCCGAGAAAGGAUCCGAAACUGGGGAGCUUAGGAGUUAGGAGAGUGUUGGUCGUUGUGGCGGAGAAGGAUUUUAUAAAGGACAGGGGAUGGGGGUAUUAUGAAGCCUUGAAGAAGAGUGGGUGGGGUGGAAUUGUGGAGAUUGAGGAGACUGAAGGAGAAGAUCAUGUGUUUCAUUUGUUCAAUCCGAGCUGUGAGAAGGCUGUUAGCUUGCUGAAGAAGGUAGCUGCAUUCAUGAAUCAGGAGUAAGCUACUAGUUGUGCAGCUAUGUGUGUAACUGUGUAGUAUAUGAAAUCAUAAUAAAGGUCUGUCCAUACUAGUUGAAUAUGAGCAGACUGUAACUUCUUAUACGCAUGCACUUUCGUAUGUUAUGAUGAUCGUGAUCAAAUUCAG